AUCUGAGAGGGGAGUGCCCCGACACACGCAGCAGCUCAGCGAUGAGUGAGAACCCCCCCGCCACUCUGAACACUGCAGAUGCUCCGACUGGUCCUACCACACCGCGCAAGGGGCCUCCCAAGUUCAAGCAGAGACAGACAAGGCAGUUCAAGAGCAAGCCUCCUAAAAAAGGAGUAAAAGGGUUUGGAGAUGACAUCCCAGGCAUGGAGGGACUGGGGACAGAUAUCACAGUGAUUUGCCCAUGGGAAGCUUUCAGCCAUCUGGAACUGCACGAGCUGGCCCAGUUUGGGAUCAUCUAAAGCCCCAGCAUCUCUCCUGCUGUCACCUGGUUACUCCACAAAUCCCAGCAUGGUUUUCAUCACCUUUGACACUUACUUUUGGCCCUUACACCCAUCUGCUGACAUUUUACUGCUCAUGGGCAGAGUAAGCCCAUGUAAGCCAUUGUAAGAGCUAGCUAUGAGCAAUUUCUUUGCAGAUCAAUUUGGCAAAGAAGUUAUUCAGGAUCUUGAACAGACCUCAUGCUUCAUGUGGUGAAACUACUGAAAAUGUUUCAAUGCCUCCCUGUAAAAUAGCCUGUCUUCUCCCACUGUUGCAGAUCUUCAUGUGUAUGGAGAAAAUGGGAUACUGCAUUUGAAUUUUUCCCUUGGUUAGCUGAGACACUGUGUGCAUAAGUGUGCAUGUACAUCCUGGCCUAAUUAUACCAAGCCCAUCCUUUUUUCUUUCUUCUUUCCCUGACAGCUUUCUAUAUAGGAUUUCUGCAGGUAUGUCCCCAUGUUAUCUGAGCCAUCAAUUAGUUGCUCAGAAUGUAUCUGGAGAGAACAGAAUUAGAGAGUCACCAGUCCAGACAUGAGGCCAUUUUGCUGAAGACCUUUCCCCAGGGGAUCACCACAAGCAAUCUACCACUGAGAUUUACCUCAUCAGCAAAAAGGCUUGGAAAUGUUCCCUCUGCUGUACUACUCAUUGACUAGUCAGCAGCAUGAGAUUCUGCCUGUUCGAAUAAUGUUAAAUGAAAACUCGUGGUGUCCGAGAUCAAUAAGUAAAUGAAUUAAUCCUACCAGUCAUUCCUCUUGUACUCAUGAGUGGUUGCAAUUCUAAAGAGACUCACCAAAGGACAUCGCUUUCCCUCUCUUCCAGUGGGAUGCCUCUGUGAAACACUUGCACUGUCCCCAUGCCCAUACGUAGUUAUAUGAGGUGUUUUCCUCCUCAGGACAUAUUUGCUGUUGAUUAAGAAGACAAAGAAUCAUUACAGCUUGUCACCAGACAGUGCCAGUAGUCCAACCUUAUCUUGUACAAUAUGGUGUUGUAUUAGUUGCUUCCUCUUCCUUGUAUUUAGCAUGGGGCAAGUCUCCCUUCAUCGCACCCAUGCCAGUUCCCACUCACCACAGAACAGGGAGGCUUUUCUCUUCACCCUCUGGCAACUUCAUGCUCUAGAGCUGUCUUGCAGAAGCAGUUGAAUGGCUGUUUCCCAAGGAGAGAGAGCAGGCAGCAAGGCAGGGGGAGGCUGGGAUACUGAUACAUGAGAGUGAUUCCCUUUAACCUGACUGACUUGUACCUCCUGGUCCCUGGCAGCUCGAGUGCUGGUGAGUGGUGAGGCACUCAUGCCCGCUUAAAUGAUCAGGGAAGGCCCCAAGACUCCCUGCUGCCCUUGCAUUAAGGAAGGGCUUUCGUUUUGUUCGGAGGCGAGGGGCAAGCAUUGCUGUAGCUAUGUGAUAUUCAUAAGAGGAGAUGAUAUUUUUAGUCAUUGCCUUCAGCUUCACAAAGCUCGUUGUAUAAAAACGACUUUCCCUCAGUUUAUCUUUCAUGUGUUGAACAUGUUCGUGGGAAUAAGGAAUGGUUGUGAUGAGGAGAGCAAGUCCUUCCUUUGCUCGUAGUCAUGUUUAGGAAAGAUCGAUCCUCACCUGUAAAGCAUUGCUAUAAAUCCAUGGCUGUUCUAUAGUUAUCAGCUACUGUCAUUCCAUAAAUAACAGCUAGCAGUUUUCGCUUAAAAAAUAGCUUCAACACCAAAACCUAAAGGAAAUUCUUGUUGGCAGUCCAGAGUACAGCUUUUACUUUUCCGCACUUCUGCCAUUAGAAACAGCAAAAAACAGAGAGGCAGUUCAGAACAGCAGCACAAUCACUGCACACGAGUCAGGUGUGGUCACUUGGCUAACUGCGGUGCAUAGCUAUUUCCUUUGGCAAAGACAGUCUGCCCUCUCUGCUUUCUCCUAAUUUCUCACAUCUUUCUUGCCUUUUAAAGCUUUUCCUAUUUCCCUGUGUGCUCUGUGUAAAAGUGGCAUUUUAUUUAGUUUUUACUUGUAGGAGACUGAUUUCAUCUUUUUUUCAAGCUCAUGUCCUAGCCUUCUCCUUUUGUGUUUAAACGCGCAUGUUCUUAUGUCAAUGCUCUUGUGCUUUCCCUCAUGUUACACUGUCCUGUGGUAUGUGAUCCUUAUUUCACCUUCUCAGUCUGUUCUCUUCUUACAAACUAUCUGGGAAAAGACCCAUUGGAUCCAGUUUCAGAUCAUGCAAGCAGCUUGCUCGCUGCCUCUGUUAUCACUGAGUUGUUCUGUUUUUAAGCAGGAGUAUACCAAGGAGAGAAACAUUGAAUUAGUCCUUCCACUUCUUUUCUCAUCCCAGGCCUUGGGAAAGCAGUACAAAAAUAGUGAGAUUCCCUGCCAGAAGAUACUGGGGCAUCAACAAAGUUCUCCUUAUCCCAGGGACUGAAGCAUUUCAGCAAACGGAAAGGUACCACUGUAGUUCCACCUCUCUGACUGCCAUAUUCCCUGCUCCCAUCAGAGAACUACUCAAUUCUCCUUCCUAAGGCAGACUAAUAGUACACAUAUACCCCAGCUUUCACGCAUGAAUGAAGAGCCUUUUCUGAAGUUCUGAGUCACCACAGCUUGUUAGUUAUUUUUAAACUCUUUUUUCUAUGCAUUGAAAGGGAUUACAUUUGUUUCUUGUAAGGAAUUCUGAGACUUAGAAGUGGAGUCUUAAAACAUCCUCACAAUUAUUUUGUCUGAGGUUCUGAGGAUUUUUCUGGAGAGGUAUAUUCCCUGGAACCUUAACCGAAUUUAAUUUCUCAAGCAGUGAGAGUUGGCUGUGAUAAAAGGAAGCAAGGGUAUUUAAAUGGAUCUUUGAAGGUCUUCAGUCUAUAUACACUGUAAUACAUUACGCUUUGUUCUUUUACU